GUUUUUAGCCUUUAACACAGUUCUGAGUUUUAAACUGUUUUUAAGCUCCGACCCGAAAGUUUCUUCCUUUUCGAUUGUCUCUCUCUUCUCAAACACACUCUAAUCUCUGAACGAACAGAAUAGUUAAUCAAAGUGGAAAAAAAAUCGAAAGAUGUUUUAUUCCCAUACGUUUUUGUCUCGUAAGGCGCCGCUUGGUACUGUGUGGACCGCCGCUCAUCUCCAGCACCGCCUCAAGAAGUCUCAUUACGCCUCCAUCGAUAUCCUCUCCACCGUCGAUCACAUUAUGUUCCCUGAAGUUCCCAUUGCAUUAAGAAUGUCAGCCCAUUUGCUUUUAGGCAUUUCUCGUAUAUACUCUAAGAAAGUUGAUUAUCUUUUUCAUGAUUGCAAUAUCAUCCUUAUUGGUUUAAGCAAGGUGUUUGCUACAACACAAGUUAAUUUGCCUGAGGAUGCAAGACAAGCACCAGUUCAAGCAAUCACUUUGCCAGAAACUUUGGAUUUGGAUGCCAUGGAUUUGGAUGUUGAUGUGUAUACUGAAGAUGCUUCAGAUAAUCAUCUCAAGAGUCCUGAAGAUAUAACACUGACAGAUCAAAUUCCUGUAGAGAGGGAUGCUUAUGUUGCUAUAACUUUUGAUGAUGAUAUCAUGAUGGAUGAUGCAUUACCUCAGAUGGAUGACAACCUUCAUGAACCUCCAGAGAGUGGCCAUGAAGGUUUUGAAGAUCUUGGUCCAGACAAUCAAGAACAAGUGCCUAGUGUUCAGUAUGCAGGUCCAAGUAAUCAAACACAAGUACUUGAGUCUGUUAGCAAUGAAGGUUCUCAAGAUCUUCCGGAAAUUGAAAUGAUGCGUGAUGCUUCUCAUGAUUUUUCCACCCAAAAGCUCCCCUCAAUGUGUCCGGAUGACAAAAACACAGACGCUUUGGAGCAAGCCUUGGACGAGAAGGAAAUAUGUUCUCCUAGUUUGCACUUAUUAGCUUCCGGAGAGCUGUCUUUGCCUUUUCAGCAGCACUCAAACCCACCUACUUCUGCUUCGAAUGGGCCUCCGGAGGCUUUUGUGCAUGAAUCACCUGAACUGGUCAUUCCACCAUCUCCACCACCUCCGCAGCCAAGGCAGAGACGAAAAACACGGCAGAAGUUUGACGAGAAAUUGGUGUUACCAAAUAGAUUUAUGAAGAGGGCACUUGAAGAUUGUAGUGAUCUGGUAAGGAAGAAAAAGAAAAUCCCUUGCUCUGCUUUUGGCGUAUGGAAGUCAAAUAAUGAUCGAAAAAUGGACCAGGUUUUUAAUGAGCCUUCAUUAACCGGGCUGAGUGAAGGUAUAUGUAAUAUGUUCAAAAGAGAUGGUAUCUCUAUAAAAUCCCAGUUGGUGGUGCCAGAGGAAAUUGUCCCCGAACCUAUGGUACCACAGUCCACUGUUCCUACAACUGAAGCCAGCUCCGAGCUUAGGGUUGGGCCUGCUACACCAGAUCCUAGAGCUGGAUUGUCUCCGGGUUCAGCACCUGGAAUGGAUAUGGAAGUUGAACGUCUUCGGCAUAUCGAAGGCAAUGCUGCCGACAAUGUUUUCCCUGAAUUUGAGUCUUUCCCAGCUGGAUCCAUGCCUUCUCCAUUCAGAAGGGAGGAUACUCCUUUCUCAGCUCGCAGUUUAGAAUCAGAGUUGGCACCUACAGCGGGAACUGCUAGCACAACAAACUUUGCAGCAUCAACUGCAACUCGUUGGUCUGACAUCGAUACACCUAGGACAUUUAUGGAAGAGCAAUCUUGUCUAGGAAACUCCGGGUUUUCAACCAUUCCCGAAUUUGAGACUUCUGAAACAGAUCUUUAUUUUCUGGAAGAAGAUGCUAAUACACCGACAGAAUCGGCAGCAAGCCAAGGGGUUGGUUCCUUAUCUGCGAGAACAAGGGCAGUGGCUAAAUACUUGAAUAGUCAUUCCCCUAUUACCCCAAUCCCAGAAGAUGGUCGUAUAGAUCUUAGUUUAAACAAGAUUUUGGAAGGAAAAACAAGAAAAAUAUGUGCUCGAAUGUUCUUCGAGACUGUGGUAUUGAAGAGUUAUGGAAUGAUUGAUGUACGACAAGAAGAAGCUUAUGGUGAUAUAACACUUCAGUUAAAUCCUUCAAUGUUAUCCAAGGUUGAUCCAUCCAAAUCAGUGUAGCUAAAAAUGAUGAUGAUGGCCGAAAAUUGGCUAUGGGGGUUGGUUGAAAAUUUUUGUAGAAUAUUAGAGAAGAAAAAAUUGUCAGAAUCUCUAGGAUGGAUUUAGCGGACUGUUUGAACAGUGUAAUUUACAGGAACAAGUUGGGAUAAUCGUAUAUACUUUGUUUUCAAUACAUGGAUUAGAUUAUUUAUUUAGAGUGCUCUUGAUUUUUGUAUGUUUUCGAAAGAUAUCAUAGGCAUGUCAGAUGGAUUUGAAAAAGAUAUAAGCGAAUGUAAAAAUUAGUGAAUCACUCAAUAAUAUUUAUACACUAAUGCAAUUUCAAAAUUGUUAUACAUA